CGCGUCAGUAAAAGCUCCCGGCCCUACAGCUAACUAAGUGCAAUUAACUCUAUUUUUAUUUACAAGUGUCCAGGACAAAAUGGCGGCAGAAGGCGGCGCACCCGGUGGCUUAGCUCCAGCAGAACCACAAACCGGUCCAGAUGGUGAGAUCAUCGGCGGUCCCCGGACACCACAGCAAAUUGCUGCGCAGAGGAGGCUGCAACAGACUCAGGCUCAAGUCGAUGAGGUGGUUGAUAUAAUGAAAACAAAUGUUGAAAAAGUGCUUGACAGAGAUGCAAAGUUAUCAGAACUGGAUGACAGGGCAGACGCACUUCAGCAAGGAGCGUCGCAGUUUGAACAGCAGGCGAAGAGUUUGAAAAAUAAAUUUUGGCUACAAAAUCUAAAGAUGAUGAUCAUAAUGGGUGUCAUUGGAAUCGUUAUAAUAGGUCUACUGUUUGUUCGAUAUCGUGGCACACCGUCUAUGACCGGCGUAAUUACUCCAGCUGUUACCGGCAAUGCUACUGCAACUAUUACUCAUAUUAAUUGAAAAUACAUGUAACCAUUCAUCGCAGGACCUCUUCUAAAGGAAAUGUAAUUAAAAUUCAUAAAUCUGUAAAAGAAUAAUAAUGUAAUAACUAUUAACAAUAAUGAACUGUAGAACAUAGCCUAGGAAUAUGUAUAAUGGUUAAAGAAUAUAACCACACUGAACAUAAAAUUAUUCAAGCUGUAAACUAAAAUGUUCAGCUUUUAGCAUAUUGUAAAAUAGCUUUUUACAUAAAUAGUAAACUAAAAAAUAUGUCAUGAAACUUUUAACAGAUUUGACUUCUUCUGUGUAAAUAGUAACUUUUAUUAUGUAAUGGUAUGGUAUCUAACUCAAUUUUGUUUAACUUAGUGUACACUUGAAUGGUUUAUUUAAUAAAACAAAAAUAUUCAGUAACUCCCAGUUUCUGUAAGGCUUAAAUCAUCUAUUAACUAAUACGUCAAUGUGGAUGAGCAAUAAUUUAAAUCUUAUUUUAGAAACACCAAUCAAACUCAGUUCUAAUAUAACAAUAAUAUUAUAAAUUAUGAGAUAUGAAAAAUAUUUUAACAAUUUCAGAAUGUCUUACUAUCGUUUGUGCCGUACCUAAUUUGCAUGACCUUAACAACCACAGAUUAAAACAUACUUUAAUUGCCAAAUAAAAAUUAGUCAUUCAUUAUGUUGUUUGGUUUGUUUGAUCAAUGAAUUUCAGAACAGAAGAUUUCAGAUAUAGCAUUUCAGAAACUGGCGGUUAGUAUAUUGAAAGUAAAAUAGAUGAAAUUCAUAUGAAAAUGUAUGAUUUAAUAGAUGCCAUUGAAAAUUAUUUCAUAGAUUUAUCUCAAAAAGCAUAAUUAGCUCGAUGCUAGAUACUUAUAAAUUUAUAUUGCGUCAAAUUAAACGAAUUAUCUACACGAGUUGUGAAAAGUUAACGCUAAAGUAGGAAAAGUUUAUUUGCAAGCCUUGUAAUCUUUAUUUCAUCAAACAACGCAUUGUAAUUCAUUUAAAUUGUAAUAAAAUGAAUAUGCUAUAUGCGAGAUAAGUACGUUUCAAUAUCGGCCUACGAAAUUAGUGGUUUUGUUUAAGUCUACUAUAAACUAUUGAAACAUAUUAUUUUUCUUAAUAUCGUUCUAGUGAUUAAAUUAUACACCUACAUUAAAAUAUGAAAAAAAAAAACGAAUUAAAGUUAAACUAUACGAAA